CGUAAUUCCUAUAUUAGUAUAGGAACGAAUUUCACAAAAUAGUGGGAACCUUCCCCAUAAUUUUCUUUCCGUAUUGAAAUUAAUUGAAUUAAGAGGAUAAUCAAAUUCUUGUUCUUAAAAAGAUUUUAUUAAAUUUCUUUCAGAGAUAUAAUUAUGAUUAAUGCAUUAAAACGACUUUGAUUUCACAAUAAACUAAAAUGAUAUUAUCUUUCAUUGAUGGUAUCUUCAAAGAGACUGAUACGAAUCUUGAUAAGAUAUCUCAGCAUGAUAAAUCGCUUAUUCACACCACCUAAUGUACUCUCUAAUUACAACUGACAACUGUUUCAAAACAUUAACACUCAAUACUUUAAUAUCUUUAUUUCACAUAAAUAAUAAAUUACCAUAACAAAUGUAUUCGGUAAUAAGUUAUAAAAAAUUUCUCAUAACAAUUAUUUUUAUCUCAAGUAUUAUUUUUAACGUCAGCGGUUUAGAAUGUUAUGAGUGCACAAAAAUACCAACAUCAAGUGUCUACUGUAUUAAAAUACAUAAAAACUUUAUAAAAACAUGUCCGAAAAAAUAUUGUACGAUUUAUCGAAAAGAAUUGCUUGAUAUUUAUGAGGGCAAUAAUGAGUUACAAGAUUUAAUUCGCUCAUGCUCUGAUUCAAAAAAUUUUCCCGAAUCGAUUAAUUUAACAGAGAGCAAUAUUAGAACAUUGAAUAUAAAUAGUUUAAAGAGUGACAGUGUUGUUAUUACGACUGGUAAUUACAAACAUUACUAUCAAACUUGUGAUAGAGAUCUGUGUAAUAAAGGUAACGGAAUUGAUGAAGACGAUAAUGAUUUAGUGUCAAAUGUUAUCAUAGUGCCGGGUAUCGGUACUAAUUUAUCUGCACUUAUGACGAGUCCUAAUUAUUUUUCAUACCUCGUUUAUUUAAUUAUAAUUUAUUCGUUCAUGUGAAUUAUAAUCUUUGAAUAAAUAUAAUUUAUUUUGA